AUGGCCUGUUUUCAUUCGCUCAAUCCGUGCGACUCCCACUCGCAGCCCGAUGUGCCGCAGUGCACGUGCACGGCCCGGGACCGCGGUGGUGGAGGUGUCAGCGGCACGCUAGCACUAGGGGUCAACGACCGGAUUGUCAGUGCCAACGGGGUGUCCCUGGAGAACGUCGACUACGCCACCGCCGUGCAGGUGCUGCGGGACUCGGGGAACACGGCUCUCCUGGUGGUGCGGCGACGCAUCGUGCUGCCCGCCUCCCCCGAGCCCCACACACUCAAGGUCCAACUCCAGCGCAACAAGAAGAAGGACGACUUUGGAGUUGUGCUCGGCUGCAAGAUAUAUGUUCGAGAAGUCCUGCACAGGGGUGAAAAAGAUGGCAUCGGUGCGCCGGGCAACUCCCUGCAGGAAGGCGAUGUUCUCCUCAAGAUCAACAACCACUCGGCGGACGGACUCUCUCUCAAAGAGGCGCGGAAACUUAUGGAUGCAUCUAAGGACAAGCUGAGCCUUCUUGUCCGUAGAGAGGCUAGAAGUUCAUCCUCUCAGCAAUCAUCCAAUGGAAAUCUCUACUGUGGAGGUGCUUCUUCUCACAACAACUCCAGCCUACAAGGAAAAGAUGGAAAUCUUUUGGAGUCUCUUGCUGGGGGUACAAAUUACUCGUCUCAAAACCUGUAUGUUCAGCCGCCUACUAGAGGCAGCCUGCAUCCUCAUCAAAACUCAUUGUUAGAUGAUAAGAGUAAUCUCCUCCCUCGUGGGCGGAGCCGAGUCCCACUUCCAGACCACGUGUCUCUAAGUCAACUUGAUAGGCCAUCCACCCCCAACGGUGCUGGAGGCGGCGCCGGGCCGUCGAUCGGCUCGCCCACCAGUGCAGGGCACAAUCAUUCAAGGAGUCGGAGCGGUAUAGACGAUUCAGAUGGUUUAUCACCUCCACGCCCUCCACCACCUCGCACUGAAGGAGAAGGAUAUGAUUUUUACAGUAGUAGAAGACAAUUGUAUGAGGAUGAUCCUCUGCUUCAAAGGAAACAACAGCCAAUGCCUGAUCCUAGGUUCAUAACUUUUCAAAAGGAAGGUUCAGUUGGAAUCAGGUUAACAGGGGGUAAUGAAGUUGGUAUAUUUGUGACCGCAGUCCAACCAGGAAGCCCUGCAUCUUUGCAAGGAUUACAACCAGGGGACAAAAUACUGAAGGUGAAUGACAUGGAUAUGAAAGGAGUUACCAGGGAGGAGGCAGUUCUCUUUUUGCUUAGUUUGCAAGAUCAAAUUGAUCUAAUAGUCCAACAUCGAAAGGAAGAGUAUGACACAAUUGUUGCUGGCCAGCGAGGAGAUUCAUUCCACAUCAAGGCUCAUUUUAACUAUGAUCAACCAAAUAAAGGUGAAAUGAGCUUCAGGAAAGGAGAUGUUUUCCAUGUAGUUGAUACUCUCCACAAUGGUGUUGUAGGAUCAUGGCAAGUGUUCAGAAUAGGUCGAAAUAACACAGAGGUCCAAAAAGGCAUUAUACCUAACAAAGCAAGAGCAGAAGAGUUAGCAACAGCACAAUUUAAUGCCAGUAAAAAGGAACAAAGUACUUCAGAAAGUAGAGGAAGUUUCUUUAGAAGAAGACGCAACAGUCACCGCCGUUCAAAAUCACUCAGCAGAGACCACUGGGAUGAUGUUGUUUUUGCUGACAGUAUAAGCAAGUUCCCAGCUUACGAAAGAGUUGUUCUUCGUCAUCCAGGUUUUGUACGGCCUGUGGUUUUGUUUGGUCCAGUUGCUGACAUUGCUCGUGACAAAAUGCUACGUGAUUUUCCUGAUAAAUUUACAUCACCACAAUUAGAAAACGGAUCAUCAGAUGUUCCUAAGAGUCAAAAACCAUCUGGUAUAAUACGUUUGAGUGCUAUCCGAGACAUUACGGAUAGGGGAAAACAUGCUCUUUUGGAUAUCACUCCAAAUGCAGUUGACCGUCUGAACUAUGCCCAAUUUUACCCUAUAGUCAUUUUCCUACGGGCAGAAACAAAGCAUACGAUUAAAGAAUUGAGAGCAGGUGCAGGUCUCUCAAACACCAUGUUGGACAUCCUACCCUGGACCGCCCACAAAAGCAGCAAAAAGUUGUUGGAACAGUGUCAAAAACUUGAAAAAGUUUGGGGGCAUGUAUUUUCAAGCUCUGUCACACUUUCAUCUCCUGACUCGUGGUAUAGAAAAGUGCGUGAACUUGUUGAUAAACAACAGCAAGCUCCAGUUUGGAUGAGCGAAAGCAAGUCUCUGGAACUCUUCUCCGACCUCUACUUCCUGCCUCCUUCCUUGUCACCUACUCACCAUUCUUCGUAUCCCCAUUCAUACUCCAUGGUUUUUCCCCAGUCCAGCUCCUCCUCCUCUCAAGCGUACAACUCCCUUCCUCACUACCACUCCUCUGUCCCCUCGUCCACUGCCCUGCGGCGCAACCACUCAAUUCAUGCCCCAUGCAGAGCCCAUUGUGGUAUCAAUGCCGGCCAGUAUGAAGUGUGUGUAUCACCGGCACAGCUGCAAGGCAACACAUAUCUUCCUGUCAUUACCGAACAAUUUUUUGGCUAUCCUGACGAGGCUCUCUCAGAUGAUUUCCUGUUCCCAAUGACGUCCCGCCUCUCCUAUGCCUCCUCCCCGGAGUCUGAUUUGGACCUCAGCCCCGAGCCUAGGCCCCACAACCACAGUAGUGGAGGUCUGUCCCCUGGAGGGCACAACUCGUCUCGUUUAGUGAAGAGCUCCAGUGAUCCAAGUAUUGCUACUGUUGAAGAUAAUGCCCCUGGAUACACAGCACCACCUCCAUAUUCUCCAGCAAGCCCUUACAACAAACAGCCAAAUUAUGAAAGUAGAAAUGGUGUUGGACUUGGUUCAAACAAUGAACAUAGUCCUCGUAGAGGUAUAAAUGGAGUAGAGGGCAAAUAUGGCUUCAGCCCCUCAUCCCCGCUUGAAGCCAUUUCCCCAACUUCUGUCCCUGCACCUACAUCCCCAACUGUUCACCUCAACUAUCCACCUCAUCAGCACAAUUCGCAUUCGCACAUGCAUGCUCACUCUCAUUCACGUGGUACAAAUAUGGCUCGCUCACCUCUUGCUCACUCGCCACCCCUGCAGAAUGUAAAUGGCCCUCCAGAACUACCUCCAAGAAUUGACCGUAAUAUCAAGCCCCCAAGAGUAGGACUGACUCGUAGUGCCACAGAUCGACUGUAUCCCAGCAAAGAUUCAGAACACUCAACCAAUGGAACUGCAACUACUAAUGGAAACCCUCCCUCUCCUACUGAUCCUCCCAACUAUAUCAAUGCUACUCCUCUGCACCAUCGAUCUAGUGGGCCAAAUUCCUCUCUAGAUAGACAUAUUAUGAAAACUAGCAGCUAUGACAGUGUGUCAUCAUAUGAUUCAUACAACAAUAGAGUACCAAUGGGCCAGAAUACCCAUGAUGACAUUAAAUCGUGUAAUGGAGGACCUGCUUCUCCGAGGAAUCAUGACCCAUACAGGUUUACAAGAUCAACGGCUCAACCUAUUGGCAGCCGCCAAAAUUCUGUUGAACCUCAAAAGUCAAACAAACCACCUGACUACAGUAAAUACCGGCCAGGUGAUUACAACAAACCUCUCCCUCCACCAAAGACUGCUUCUUAUAAGCCUAUACCUCCUCCCAAACCCAAGAAUUACCGCCUGCCUGCAAAUGGACAACCAGACCAUCCUUCCAAUCAACCACAGUGGAGGAGUACUGCAAAUGGUGGUGAGCAAAAUUAUGGGACUACUGACAAUCCUUCAACACCACGUCAUAAUAAGCACAGCAUGGGUAUGGAGAAUGGUAUCAGCUCACCUCACCACCAUUCUAACAACUCAAUUUAUCAGCACUCGAAGUCCUUCUCUCUCGCUGGAAACAUGGAGUCGCAUCAUAAUGGGGUCAUUGGUUCAACAGGGAAGUUCUCAAUGGAUCAAGAAAACAACAAUUACACUCCAAAUCACAAUAACAACCAUGUAGAACAUAAUGGUGGUUUCGAUUCUGGUCAUGGAAGCAGUCUGGACCGGAAUUAUGAUAGAUCUCAGUACUAUUACAAUAUGCCACCCCCUCCACCCCGGCCUGCACCAGGCCAUCACAACAGAGAACCUAGUGGGUUAGACCUAGCCAACCGAGAACAACGAGGUUCUGCAUUUGAGUUAUACAAGAAACCAUCUGAUCCUCGCUACCACUACAUGGAGCAUAAUAUCAGUAAUGGAAGGAUCUGUGAUGAUGAGGAUAGCCUCUACAGUAACACUACUGGAAUGGGAUCAGGCUGGGGCACUGGCACUGGGAGUGGUGCAGGUGGUUCGAACAACAAUUCGAACAGGUCUGAGGUGGUGGCAACUGCCCGGGGUGUCUUUUCGGACAAGGGUGGUGUCCUAGAAAACCCGGAAACAGGGGUGUCCAUUGUGAUCCCUCCUGGUGCCUUGCCACCAGACUCCGAGCAGGAAAUCUACUUCAAGGUCUGUCGAGAUAGCAGCUCUGGCGGCUCCUUAUUGCCCCCUUUGGACAAGGAGAGAGGUGAAACCUUGCUAAGCCCUUUGGUCAUGUGUGGCCCAAAUGGACUCAAGUUCAAUAUUCCUGUUGAGCUACGAUUACCUCACAUUGCAGCUCCAGAUAAAGAUAAUUCAUGGGGUGUAGCGCUAAAGUCUACUGAGGUGGGUAAUAAGACAACACCCACAAAAUGGCACCAGAUGUCAUUAGGUAAUGAGAAUCUUCAUGGAGCAGACGGAAGCAACAGUGUGUCAGUUCUAGUUGACCACUUCUGAUUUGAAAUAAUUCUACUAUGUCUUAUUAAAUUGAAGUGAGAUUAA